AUGGUCUUAUUGGGAUUCGUGUUAGCGUCGCAACUGAUCCACAAUUUGGCUUUACUCUCACCCGAGGAGACGGAUGUGAACGGUGGCGGUGCCGUUGCCCUACAGUUCCAGCGCAAUCCCUUUCAUCCGAUUAAGCGGACAGUAGUGGUGCCAUGGAAUGACAUUAUAGUGAUGUUGAAUCCGGUUGUCAUGUCAUCGGCGCCGUCAGACGAUACGGAUCCCACACAAACUGAUCCCUUUAAUACAGGCGUUGGAGUUAUGAUUAGCGAUAAGAAACGCAACCAAAGUCUAUGGCAUUGUCUGAAGCAUGAGUACGAUGUGAUGAAACCCAUACUCCACGAGAGUCUACGUCCCGGUGCUCAGGGAGGCUGUACUGAGAACAGCGCCGUCAUCGCUGAGACUCAGGUCCUACAGGAGAGUUUGGUCAUCCCUGGCUCGCACCUACACCUUGUCUACCACAGCAGCUAUAGCCAGGGCUACCUGUCCACUAUCAAUGUUCAGUUGACGCCGUCAGUCCUACAGGAGAGUUUGGUCAUCCCUGGCUCGCACCUACACCUUGUCUACCACAGCAGCUAUAGCCAGGGCUACCUGUCCACUAUCAAUGUUCAGUUGACGCCGUCAGUCAUACCUAAAACCCUACGUCUGGUCCUCUUACGUAUUGUCAUUGAAGGCAUACUAUUCGAGAAGACCUUUGAGGCCGACCCGGACAUCAAAUACACCUACUCUUGGAAUAAGAGAAAUAUCUACAAACAGAAAGUCUAUGGCAUUACUGUCGCUAAAGUGUAUGUCGGCUAUCAGUACAAGGAUUGCAAGCAAACCGUUUGGACGGCGCUGUCGACUACAUUACGCGGCUAUGAUAUGGAUAUAUCGGAGUUCGGCUCUUGGAAUCUGGAUAUCCAUCACAGAUAUAACUUUCAUGAGGGCGUCCUUCAGAAGGGCGACGGCACUACCGUUUUCUUCAAACAACAGCCCAGAGUUAUAUCGGUGCUGAUGGGCAACGGUUUGGCCAGAAAUAUGAUUUGCGGCAAAGAAUGUAAUGGAUUGGCCCGGGAUAAUAGACUACUGGCACCCAUAGCACUGACCAGUGGUCCCGAUGGCAGUGUAUAUGUGGGCGACGCUAACCUCAUCCGGAGGAUUACCCCCGAGAAACAAGUCUACACUAUAUUCAAGCAUAAAAAUCUUCGCAAUUCAUAUCAGUAUCACAUUAUGUUGAGUCCAAUCGAUGGUCACCUUUACAUAUCUGAUCCGGAAAGGCAUCAAAUACUACGAAUCCACUCACUCGACAAAGUGGAGGACCCGGAGAACAACUUGGAUGUGGUGGUGGGCAAUGGCGACCGGUGUUUCCCACACGACCCGCUUAAAUGCGGCGACGGAAAGCCCGCACCGGAAGCCCGACUCAUAUAUCCUAAGGGAAUGGCGUUCGCGACGGAUGGCUCGCUUUAUUUCGCCGACGGAAACAGCAUCCGUAUGGUUGACAAUCACGGCAUCGUUCACACGAUUAUCGGCGAUCGGAAUCAUCAAAAACAAUGGAAACCCAUUCCAUGCAAAGGAACUCUGGCUGUCAAUGAAAUCAAACUUCAUUGGCCGACACACGUAGGCAUUAACCCAUUGGAGGGCUCCCUAUAUUUCAUCGAUGACCAUAUGGUCCUCAAACUAACGCCUGACCGAAGAGUUAUGAUAAUAGCGGGCAGUCCUUCCUAUUGUAAGGCCUCCGAGGAUAAUAACCAUACAAACGGUCGCAUUAAUAAUAGCCAUGAGUUAGGAUUCUUUGCUAACUUUGCUUUCGGGCCAACGGGAAUCCUUUAUGUGACAGAAGUGUCUGAUAGUGGCGUCAAUAGAGUGCGAGCCCUCACACAAGAGGGGGAACUCAUUCAUUUCGCCGGCAAAAAGGCUAAUACGAGGCACUCGUGUCCGGUCGAGAUGUGCAAAGAUAUUAACGCCCAGAACUGCACCUGUGCCCUACCCAACCUGUCCGGACUCGUACAACAACCCAAUGAGUUCGAGGGCUGUGCUCUGAGGACUUCUGGUGAUGAAAAUGCAAUACUUCCGCAAAAUGUUUCGCUCAUACAUUCCUCAGGAGUGAUAUUUGUGAACCCAUUUCCCCCAAACCUAACUUUCUUCACAUAUUUGAUACGACAACAGAAGCCAAAUAACAGAUUCUCGCACUUAAGGUCCCGGUGCGCGAACCCAUUGACGUGGAUGUGCUCUAAACCGCUAAUUAUCUGCUUAAACCAUCUGCACGCCUGUCCUUCAGGAAUAAUCUUACAACUGGUCAGCGGUUCCUUCGAUGAUAUCAUAAAACCUGAUGACAUUGUGAUGAUUGGGCAAUACUUAUCUUUAAAGGAUUGCGUCAAUCGUUUCAAAUCCACUAUUUUAAUGGCCAUCCGUUUGUUGUGUGUGCGGGACAUCGAGGAAAAGGUUGUACUCCUGGCCCGAGACACGCGACUCGUAUCGAUCACUGCCUUAACGCUGACGAGUAAUGGUGUCCUCCAUAUGGCAGACGCCGGUAAUCUCCGUAUCCUAUCAGCCGUGCCUUAUAUCCCGCAACCGGACGAACAGUUCGAGUUUCAGAUCGCUUUCCCGGACGGCCAGGAGCUGUACGUAUUCAACAAAUACGGUCAGCACACGACCACCCGGAGCAUCAUAACCGGCCGCUCAUUAUAUACAUUCUUGUAUAACGUGAACACCAGUUUCGGGAAACUGAGUGCCGUUACGGACGCCUCAGGCAAUAAAGUGUCGUUCAUUAGGGACUCCGGCAAUAGUUUGCACACAAUCGAGACGACGAGGGGUCAGAAGUGUCGGGUACUGACCAAUAAACAGGGUUUCUUAGAGCAGUUCGUCAAUCCCGACAAUUUGACCACAAAGUUCACGUACGACUCGUCCGGUCUACUCGUCUCGCGGUCCGACUCGUCCGGCCAUUCAUUCUUCUACUUCUACGACCAGAGCGGACGUCUCGUGCGCUUCAUACGGCCCACCGGUCUGUCCACUGAACUCGAGUUUGACUUCAGCCACGACGGGGCACUGGUAUCAACAGUGGACUCGUCGUCGGAAGUGACACAAACCAAGAAUACUAUUGUCAAAGUGAGGGGCGAGUCGUUCAACACCUAUGAGAAUGGCAUUGAGUUGAAGACAUUUGUCCAUUUGGACGGUUCCAUCGAAGUGGAGACCCCUUGGAAAGACAUCAUCUAUUGGGAGGCACAGCCGCAUAAAGUACUGCUGUCUUACCUGCCAGUCCAGGCCGGAAUGUUCCCGGUGCUCAUGAGGCAAGCGUUGAUGACACCCAACACCCAGAAGCCAUGGAUUGGUUGGGAUUAUGACGUGAAGUAUAACAGACGGACGGAGAGGGAGAAGAAUAUUGCGGCCGUUGAGAGGAUUCUCGUUAUAAAUGAGACCCAAUUCCUGUCCGUCGAGUACGACUGGAUCGCCAACCGGGAGAUACUGUACAACAACUCGCGGCGACCUUUCCUUUUCGUACAGUACGACGACUCCUCCCGUCCCGUCCAAUGGCUGCCCAAAGAGAGUCGUCUGCCGCUGAAUAUGAUGUACGACCGGUUCGGCCGUCUGUCGGGCUGGCAGGAGGGCCAGCACUCAGAGACUUAUAGCUACGACCGAAUGGGCCACUUGUCGGAGAUUCGCUUCUCAGACACAACCAGUUUGAAGAAUAGCUACGAAGACGGAAAGAUGUCUCCCAAUAGGAUUGUCCUCAGAAGUGGUCGCAAAUAUGUGUUCACUUACGACGACAACGGAGGCCUCAAAGCCAUCACAACUCCAAAGGGCACUAAACAUGCCUUCCGUCUCGAGAUAUCUCUGACUUUCUAUAAACUGAUUUAUAUUCCGCCGAAUAAUACUCCUCUGAAUGCAUAUGUGAUAUACUUGGACGCAGAGCACCGGCCGAUUAUGAAGACCUAUCCCAACGAUUUGGGGAAAAUUGUUUAUUUGUAUAAUAAUCGGUCGCAACUCAAAGAAGUGGUGUUCGGUUCGGGAAAAGUCGAGAAAAUCUAUAACAAAAUGAGUGGACUCUUGACGAAAGAGUUGUGGCAAUACGAGGACCAGCAGAUUGUGUUGAUGUUUGAAUACACCGGCGCUCUGCUCACCAAACAGUUGCACCAAUUCGUCAGUUCUUAUCUCUUAUCAAAUCUACUAUCAAUACGACUCUUUCGGUCGACUGAAGCUCCUGUCGGCNUGUGGCAAUACGAGGACCAGCAGAUUGUGUUGAUGUUUGAAUACACCGGCGCUCUGCUCACCAAACAGUUGCACCAAUUCGUCAGUUCUUAUCUCUUAUCAAAUCUAGUGUUUAGCUAUCAAUACGACUCUUUCGGUCGACUGAAGCUCCUGUCGGCUAGAGUCGGAUCAGUCAGUCUUCCGGCCAUUGAUUAUGCCUACAAUCAGCGCACCGGACGUCUCGAAGCGAUCGCCAAUUUCCGCAUUUAUGACAAAUCGCUGAACGAGACGUUACUGACAGACGGGAUCGCCUCCUACUCCAAGACUUUCGACGCCUCACACUAUUUGCUUCAGUUAUCACUCGUGAUCGCCGACAAAGAGGUCUUCCGUAUGGAUCUGUCGUACAAUUCCAACGGCGCGCUCAUCCAAUCCAAGACUUUUAUGCGCCAUUUGGGCGCCAGUAAAGUGCGGCUCCAGAACUACACCUACGAUAAUGACCAACAGCUCGUGGAAGUGAUGGGAAGGGAUCACUGGAAGUUCUCCUACGACGACAACUCCAAUCUGGCGACAAUGCAAUACAUGGGGAACCGCAUCGACAUGUUAUAUGACGCCAGCGAUCGGAUCGUCAGCUUCGGUGAAACGCCUUAUAUUACGGACGCCAAAGGGUUUGUCAUUCAGAGGGGAGAAGAGAGGUUUACAUUCAAUUCGUUGGGACAACUCAUGAGAGCCCAUCGGCUCUCACGUUAUGACGUCCGCUAUAUGUAUGACUCGAGGGGUCGGUUGUCUGUCCGCAAAGACAGCUACGGAAACGUAACGCAGUAUUUCUACGGCGAUAUAUUGAGGCCAAGUCUUGUCACACAUACCUUCAAUAACGCCGACGCCAGAGUCACUACUAUUGUAUACGAUGACCAGGGGGUGCCCCUCACCACUCAGGUAAAUCACGAAGUCUUCUACAUAGCGUGCGAUCAAAUCCGGAGUCCAGUGUUGGUGUUGGACCACAGGGGGGAAGUGGUGAAAGAGGUGCACAGAUUUAAACUAAAAUUGAUGACAUUUUUGGCGUUAAGUUUUCGUUUCACGAUUUUCAUCGGUCGGGGCGCUCGCUAUAAGGACUAUAAGUAUAGUUAA